AUGAAUGGAACAAAGAAUAACAGUGUGCAAGACUGCUUUGGGGAACCAAGCACAGCGACCACUGCUUUCAAAGCUCUGGCCUAUGUUUGCAUUUUCGUUGUAUCUUUGGUCGGAAAUGGCGGCAUCCUUUUGGCUAUUUACAAGAACAAACAGCUGAGGAGAUCUAUAAACUACUUUGUGUUUAAUAUGGCUGUGUCUGAUAUAUUAAAUCCGUUGACAAUCCUGCCAGUAACAUUCGUUGAGAUUGUCUCAGGAUCUGAUACUUGGAAAGUUGACGACCCGUGGUUGUUAGGAAACUUCCUUUGCAAACUUUCCUUCUUUCUCCCCGAUGUUUCUGUUGCAGUAUCAAUUGAAAGCCUGCUGUUGAUAUCGCUGGACAGACUUAUCGCUGUUGUCUUUCCGCUCAGGACAAGAUAUCUUUCACCGAAAGUUCAUCUAAUGAGUAUCCUCUGUGCAUGGAUCAUCGCCAUCGCAGUUCAUGCACCUUAUUUUUACACUUUCAGGCUACAGCUUUACGAAAACAAAACUUACUGUGUCGCCAAUUGGGGACCAACCUUUAAUCAUGUGGAAACACACAAACGAUUUGUCACAGCAACGUUUAUUACUUUUGUGUUAGUGCCAAUCUGUGUCCUGGUGAUCGUGUACAGUGUAAUAGCUUGGAGCUUGUGCCAAGAGCGAAAGAAAAUGGAGCAAGAGUCGAGUAAUCAUCAAAAGAAACUUGGCAAACAAAGCAAAAAAAUUGUUUGUAGCUCUGUAGCUAUUGUAGCAGCUUUCGCUUUCUGCAUGAUUCCACAGCUUGUUUUUAUCUUUACACGCAUAUUUGUUUGGAAUUGGGAAGUGCCGCCGAAUUGCGCUUUUCGCACAACGAUCCCGUUCAUUGCCUCUUUCAUGUUGCACGCAUGGAGUGCUGUUAAUCCUUGCAUUUGCUUUAUAUUCAUUAAGACCUAUCGAGACACUCUGAAGAAAUUGCUCUGCUCUCUGUGGUCAACUGUAAAUCAUACACAGACUUUGGAUCUAUCGAUGAAUCCCGCUACGUUAGCACUAAGGAUUCAAAAAUGUCGUUCUACGCAAGUCUGAUGCCCAAAUUUAACUGGCUGAUUGUGACCCUUAGCUGCGUAAGUAGUUGUUAAAAUCAAUGUUGACGACGAUGCACCGAUAUGUUUGUUUAGUUAUUUUUCAGCGGUCCCCAAAAUUAAACUUUGAUGGGCUGAUAUUUAAAUAGAGAUUAUUUUUGUGGAAAUAAAUGGGUAAGUACCCAUGUUCCCUUCUUCUUUGAAUUUGGUUUUAAAUUGCGCGACGUUCAUGGAGAUUUACGCAAAAAGUAAUCUGCAUGGGAGUAUUACAAGUCAAGAGAAUAAUCUCUUGUACAGGUUAAUUUAAUUUUAUUAACUGAAUUGAUAAGGAAAAUUGGAUACUAUGAUUAGUUUCACACUGAGUUCACCUAAAUUUUAGGUGGUGUUAACUAUCAAACCCAGAGGAGAUGCUGGAUGCACUUCUGUUAGGGUAACAUUCGUUUCCCAUCCAUAUUUCAGACUAUGAGGUGUCGGGGAAAAAUUGGUUGAUGAAAUUUGAGGUGUUUUAAAAUUGUAUCGGUAAAAAAGUCAAUUUUGUUGUUCCUGUUUAGGGAGGCUCCAUAGGGUUUUUUGACCGCGCGAUAUCUGGGUGUGCACAUAGCACGGGCCAUAGAGGUGUCAACAUAGAAAACAAACAUGGCCACUCGAUACGAUCGCACGAUUGUCAUCUGAAAAGAUGUGUUAGAAACAGUUUGUGAUGGAAUCUAGGGUUUUCAGCAAAUGCACUCGUAAUAUUCAUAGACCCUCUAAGCCUGAAAAAGAGGUCAACCGAAAAGAAAACACCGUGGGAAAGGUAUCGCACAGUAUGAAAGUCUACGCAUACUCACAUACCGACGUUGGGGAAGUUAAUAUUUUGCGACAAAGAAAAUAGGGAUCUUUCGAGUUAGAUUUAUCACAUUUCCUUCGGUGGAAUUUCCUAAGAUUUGCUGGACCGUUAAACAUAUUUGUGGCCUUCCUAGUGCCUGUACAUGUUGACAAAAAAAUCCAUGUGACCAAAUUUGAGAUAGGGGAAGAAAACACAAAGUAAGCCUUACUUUAUAUAUUUAUUCUUUUGCUUUUAAAUGAUCUGCACAAACUGUGAAAAUUAUGAGAGAUUUCAUCGAAGCAAAUAGAAGAAAAUCAAACGCAAAGCCAAAUUAUCUUUGGCGAACGCCUCCCUUCUUGGAGCCUUAGCUUAAUAACGUAAAUCAUUUUGAUAAUAUUUGCCAAAGUAAAAGAUGAUCCGAACGUUGCUCAUUGCCUUUCGAUGGCUCUUAGUGACCUUGAAAAGUGAAAACAUAAAAAUUUAAAAAUAAAUUUUAAAAAAUGGCGCGCGCGCCAACAUUAAGCCAAAGUCCCAUGGAGCUUCCUUAAGGGAGCACCAAACAGAACAUAGCUUGACUAAAGCUCGAUACCAGUAACUUAGAGCGAACAUCAUGCAAUUACGAUUUUUUCUAGAAAUUAUGCAUAUAUCGUUUCUGCUCACCUCCCGACUUUUUCCUUUUUUAUGGUGGAUCCUUGCCAGCAAUAGAAAAUCCGAGCAUUAUCAAAGUAAUAAGGAGUUGUAUUGCGUCGUCUAAAGCAAACAAUCAACUACAAAAAUGAAGCGCCUGGAUAUCUGCUCUCAGUCGCUUGUAAAUUGAAACAAAAAUAACUUAAAUGACUAUGAAUAAGACAUUUAUAGAUUGAUUUUCUUCAGGGUUUUUGGAAUUGAAUGGAAAAGUAGAAUAAAUAUACGUCGUUUGCCGUUUUCCAAAAAGGUGAUGAGGAAACUUAUUUGAGAAAUUCGAAUACCGCGUGGUACUGAUUAACCUACAGGUAUUAAUUUGCGAGAUAAUGUGUUUAAACAAAGUUGGUGUCGGAAAGAGGAAACAGGAAGUAAGUAUUAAACGGACGGCAUCACACGGUAGACAUAGGAGGUAUAAUGGCUGAUAUCAGAUAUUUCAUGAAAGCAAAUUCAAAGUUAACAUUUGUGUGUAAGAUGUAGAAAAGUGAUAUAUAAAAAAAACAUACAAGACAUAGUAUUUGUUUGAGCUCGACUUCCUAUAUUUAGAAAAGAAAAAAAUUAUGGUAAAAAGUAAUGAGGUUUCACCAAAGUAAGCCUUUUACGAAGGCAUGAGCUGUAAGCAGUUUUCAACAAGCCCUUCAACUCAAUAUUUUUAUCCGUAUCUCAGGAUUCCCACUCAAAUGUUGUCAUUAGGCGAACUCAAACAUUUUGGCUCAAGUGCAAGAGUCUUCUUGUACGUAUCAUAAGGAAACAUCUGUCUCCCUAAUGGAAAAGUUAAGUUAAUAGGUGACUCACUACUGAAUAAUUUUUUGGACGCUUCAACAUGCCUAAUCGAGAAAAAGAUCUGACCCUACGAAAAAAGUGACAGGCAAGAUGUAUAGUUCAACGUUAUUUACGCUUUAGUUCUUCUGUUGAAUAAAAAUUUCAGUUAAAAAACAUAUUUUGUGCUCUUCCAUGUUUGCGUUAAUUUAAGUCCUCCAUAAAAUACACUUCCUCUUUCUAACAUUUAUUGGUAACUGAACCACUUUUAAAGCAAAAGUGAACCAACCAGCUAAGACAGGUUGUAAAGUUUUUCCAUCAGUAAAGCAGAUAGAUCGUAUGGAAGUACUUCUCGUUAAACUCUUGUGUAAGAGACUCUUUUCAUUUGAGUACCGGAUACCUUUCACUUUAAGGAUUUGUUUUUAAGGCCACAACCAUGCUGGAUAAAUUUUAAACUUUGCUUGGAAAAAACAAAUAUCUAUUUGUAGCAAAUCAAUAAAGCUUGAAUAACAUCAUAUUGCUGUCAAAUUGCUCACGCUCCUGAUGAGUUGCUCUCUAUUACGGAAAACGACCUAUGUUAGACAUUUGGAGGGAAUUGUCACGAAACUAGGCAUUUUCGCUCAGUUCAACUGAAAACCUAAAAGAACUGGCAGGGUAGGUGCUUAGUGAGGCACAAAUAUAUGAUUGUUUGCUUUAAAUGAGCCUGAGUGACUAUAUCGCAUCGAGCUCUUGUUCAGGGUCCCUAGGGAAAGGAAACGGGCGGAAGCUUUUGAAAUAAUUCAAGUGGACUCCUUAGCAAGAACUGCGGCAAACUAGGACUCUAGUACACUUUAAGCGGAGAAUUUACUUUCGCCUUAAGGUUUUGAACUUGCAUUUUGAAGGCGUGAUGUGCUUGCUUCUAUUCUCAUUUAUCUGCCUUCCUAAGUUCCGCAAUGAGAAAAUGAGACUUGUACCAAUAAGUAAGUUGAUAUUUGAAAUCUUAUAUGAAAAAUAUGCACUUAACUAAAAGGCUAUUUUCCCCACUUUCAACCAAGAAAACAGAUUUGUAACAUAAAGCCUGCCAGGUUCUUCUCUACAGUACAAAAAGCGUGAAAUAAAUGGGUUGAAGAGAUCAUCGAGUCAAGCACAAAUUAUGGAAGACACAAAGCCUUUAAAAGCAAACCUAAUAUUCGUUUUUCAGACCACUUUUUUAGCGCAGGCGGUAAAGCACGGUUUAAAGUUCGUCAUAUCGAGUUCAACUGAGCACAAGGAUAAUCGAUCUUUGAUCAUACAAAACCCCCUCGCUUAAUGAUGAUUGGAAAUUCAAGCUGGGGACUACUAAUCAAAAACUUUUCAUCCGACGCGGAACAUGCAGCAGCUCAAAGCACCACUGACCAAGAUUGCGUUCCAAGAAAUGGCCAGGCCGAAAAAGCUUGGAAAGCCAUAGCUUACUCCUUGAUUCUCGUGGUUUCCUUCGUCGGGAAUGUCCUGGUUUUAUUCAUCUUCUACAAAAACAGACAGCUGCGAAGGUCACCCAUCAACUUCUUCGUCUUUAACAUGGCCUUUUCCGAUCUAUUUAACCCUUUCACCAUCAUGCCUAUCAAAGUCGUUCAGAUAAUCUCAGGAUCUGAUUCCUGGAAAGUUUCCAAUCCAUGGCUACUCGGAAAUAUUUUGUGCAAACUUUGCUACUUUCUUCCAGAUGUUUCGUUAAUAGUCUCUAUCCAGACCCUUCUAUUGAUCUCAUUUGACAGGCUCUUAGCUGUGGUCUUUCCGUUUAAAGCCAGUCUCAUCUCCCCAAAGGUACGAUUGACUGCCAUCUCGUGCACAUGGCUUAUCGCGUCUGCUCUUCAUGCACCUUAUUUUUACACUUUUCAAUUGUUCUCCGACCAAAACGAAGCAUAUUGCAAGCAGCUUUGGGAACCUACAAUAGCAGAUCACCUAGAGACACACAAGAAGUUUGUCACAGCAACAUAUAUCAUUUUCUUUUUAGUGCCUUUCUGCCUCUUGGUCUUUGUGUACGGCACCAUCGCGUGGACUUUAAGUAAUAACAACAAAAGAAGACAAAGGGAAUUAUCUUGCAUACAACGCCAACGGGAUCAGAAGCUCCGUAAAACUAUCCGAAUGUCAGCAGCUAUAAUAGUUGCUUUUUUUAUUUGCACGACCCCACUUUUUGUUUACAUGUUCACCAUGAUUUUUAUUUGGAACUGGACUGACGACCUGCAAGCGUGCUCAUUUCACACGUGGAUUCCAUUCUUUUCUUUCUUUAUGUUUCAUGCUUGGAGUGCUGUAAAUCCAUGCAUUUGUUUGAUUUGUAUUAACGUCUAUCGGAGCAGCCUUGUGCGAAUUUUACCAUUUAGCUCCAAUGUCGUCCAUGUAACUGCUACUCGAUAA